CCGCGUUGCGCCAUUUUGAAAUGCUGGGAGAGGCAGAGGCGAGGGAAAUCUCAAAGUAGAGUGCAAAGUCUGAAAUUCAGUCCUGAGGAUUGUAGUAGACUUUCUUUGGUUGAAAAACUGCUUCGUUCUGUCUGUAUCAACUGGGCCGACGACUUGUACGGUGUGCGGAGUUAGGAGCAGCACACCCCGGUUAAUUCCUCCACUGCUCCUCGGUCAGAACCACCCAGCCGACCCGGGUCAGCACUGCUCCAGUCCAGGGCCCGAGCCCGCGACAGAGAUAGCCUCUGUCUGAGCCGCUCACCAUGGCAGGGGUCGGUGGUGGGAACAGUGAGGUGCAGUGGUGCUUUUCCCAAGUCAAAGGAGCGAUAGACGAUGAUGUCGCUGAAGCUGACAUCAUAUCUACUGUUGAAUUCAACCACUCUGGGGAGCUACUAGCCACUGGAGACAAGGGGGGUCGUGUUGUCAUCUUUCAGCAGGAGCCAGAGAGUAAGAAUCAGCCACAGUGCAGAGGAGAGUACAAUGUUUACAGCACCUUCCAGAGCCAUGAGCCUGAGUUUGACUACCUGAAAAGCCUUGAGAUCGAGGAGAAGAUCAACAAGAUUCGAUGGUUGCCUCAGAAGAAUGCAGCGCAGUUCCUUUUGUCUACAAAUGACAAAACCAUAAAGCUGUGGAAAAUUAGUGAGCGUGACAAGAGACCAGAGGGCUACAAUUUGAAGGAAGAAGAUGGGCGCUACAGGGAUCUUAAUACUGUCACAACACUACGGGUACCAGUAUUCAGGCCCAUGGACUUGAUGGUGGAAGCCAGCCCUAGACGAGUGUUUGCAAAUGCUCACACCUACCAUAUCAACUCCAUCUCAGUCAACAGUGAUUGUGAGACGUACCUGUCUGCAGAUGAUCUGCGCAUUAACCUAUGGAAUCUGGAGAUCACUGAUCGCAGCUUUAAUAUUGUUGACAUUAAGCCAGCCAAUAUGGAGGAGUUGACGGAGGUGAUCACAGCAGCUGAGUUCCACCCCAACCAAUGCAACACCUUUGUCUACAGCAGCAGCAAGGGCACCAUCCGCUUGUGUGACAUGAGGGCAUCAGCACUGUGUGACAAGCACGCCAAGCAGUUUGAAGAGCCAGAGGAUCCAAACAAUCGUUCAUUCUUUUCUGAAAUCAUCUCAUCCAUCUCUGAUGUAAAGUUCAGCCACAGUGGUCGCUACAUGAUGACCCGCGACUACCUGUCUGUCAAAAUCUGGGAUCUCAACAUGGAGACCCGGCCAGUAGAGACUUAUCAGGUGCAUGAAUAUCUCAGGAGUAAAUUGUGUUCACUCUACGAGAAUGAUUGUAUCUUCGACAAGUUUGAGUGCUGUUGGAAUGGGAACGACAGCGUUGUGAUGACCGGUUCCUACAACAACUUCUUCAGGAUGUUUGACAGAGGCUACCGGCAAGACGUAACCCUGGAGGCGUCGCGGGAGAACAGCAAGCCACGAUCGAUCCUGAAACCUCGCAAAGUCAGCACGGGUGGGAAGCGCAAAAAGGAUGAGAUCAGUGUAGACAGUCUGGACUUUAACAAGAAGAUCCUCCACACUGCGUGGCAUCCUCUAGACAACAUCAUUGCUGUGGCCACCACCAACAAUCUGUACAUAUUCCAGGAUAAACUGAACUAGCAUUUGUUUGAACCACUCAGAUCCCAGUUUCUGCUUGUACCCCCACUGCUCUGAUACACUCAUACAAACAAUAUGUGUCCGUCUUUGGCUAAAUCCCCAAGUCUUGAUAUGAUCUGCCCUCUCUGACCUUUGUGUUUAACGUGACAAGACGUAAUCUGUCAACAACAAACAGUGGCAUUACCACAACACAUCUAAGCAGGCCAUCACAAACACAUUUCCUGUGUGUAUGACAAAUGUAAACAUGCAGGGUUUGUAGAUCUGAGUCCAGAAUUUGGGAUUUAGUGUCUAAUGGUUUUCUCCAUUAGGAGCACUCCGUUCACCAAGCUACUGUUUGCAACUUCACUACAUCCCAAACCAAAGGGAAAAUGUGUUAAAUACACACAUUCGGCUAGUUUGUUCCAUUAUUCUUUUGUGCCAUCCUGACAUGAUUAGUUGUAUGUCAUAGCUACCAGUCGUUCAGUUUUUGUAGCCACCAUGUUUUAUUAGUUUGAAUAGGAAAUUCUUUCUACCGUUUAUACGUUGUUCUGUCACCAAGUUCCUUUUCGUGCCGGCCUGAAACAUUGCAGAUACAAGCUGUCAACACUCCAUAUUUGCCCCAAGUAUUUGUCAAGUUGCCAAGUUCACUCACUAUUUCUUUCUUAAUGUAUAGUAUGGUUAUGCUGUUAAAGGACUAUUCUGGUGUCAUGUUUUAGCUCAUUCUCUACAAAUAUGCUCUACUGCUAACCUUUGUCCACAGUGUAUCAGUAUUCAUUAGUUUACAGUCAUUUCUCGACAGUUAGAAAGUCAGUUUACUUGAAACUGACUUGGCAUGUAUUCAGUCACAGUGAACUUUUGGUCGUCUUUGAUUAAGUCAGAGCAAAGCCGUGUUUCCACCAAACACUUUCAGUAUACUACCCUUAGAAUCUGUACGUAACCCGCAUGGACAUGUACCUAAACUGUUGAUCUGUUUACCAUUGCCUCUGCAGACAGUACUCCUGUUACCAGAUAGCGAUAGCUGCAUCUCUGCUCCGUCCAGCUCUCGCUGUAUUCCCUCUUUACGGACGAUACAGAGGAACGUCUGCACCUUGGUAAUUGUCAGUGCAAUGGGGUUGAGGCUGAAAGUUGAUUGUAAUUGUGUAUUGAAAUGGCUACAUAUAGGAAAAAGGUCAGCAGUAAUGUACAUAUAGUUUCUAGUUAAUGGCCAAAAACAUUUUUAAAAGAUAAGCCAGUAUAGUCCUUUAACAUGGUCACAAGAACCACGUGUGCGCACAUUUGUCAGGUGUUGUGGUUUUGGGAGUUGAAUGAGGGCUAAUCAUGCCAAAGUAACCAGUCCCAUACAUUAUACAUUUAAAGCUGUCUUGCAGACGAGGUACCCCUAGUCAUGUGUGGACCCCCAUAUAAAGCUCAGGACAAAAGCUUAUACAGGUGGAAGGGCAUAAUGGCGUGAUGUAGCCUAACUCUCUUGUGAUCGGUGGCUCCAAAAAUAUGAGUACCGCUGCCAGCUUCCCCACAAUGCCUGCUGUGUUGUCGCAGAUUGACCGAUUGCUUUAAUCUCUGGAUCUAGUUUCUGUUUGUAGAGGUUUUUUUUUAUGAUGUUUUGUACUGUACCUGAUGAUAAAAGAAGAAUAAUCACUAUAGCUGAUUUAUUUUUGUAUAAAUUAAGGCAAUAGGAUUACAGUCUGAUCACUGUAGUUUCUUUAGCUGUUUAUCUCGGACUGAUUGUAGAUGGAAGGUCGCCGGAUCCGGUAACCUUUUUGUCACGACUUUGGGACAUUUUGUACAUUCUGGCGGGUAUUUCUUUAAAAGCUAGAGACUUUUCAUGACAUCAAGGAAAUGUGAUAUUUCUCACGUGGGAUGUCCAAAGAAAAGUAUUUUCAGGUAUCAGUACCUUUGUAGUCAUGAGCACUAUAACAGUUUAUUUUUUUAAUUUGGCUGACUGUAACUGAUGUUUAUGUAGAACUUAUUUGGAUACUUCACAGUUAGGUUCAGAGUUAAUUUGGAUCUCAAAGUUCUGUUUUUGUGCCAUGGUUUUUGUUUUCGAAUGAUUUUGCUCGCUGUGAAAGAAUAGACCCCUGUGGGUCUAAAUGGGAAAGACAUAUUUAAUCAACCUUUAAUGUUUAAACCAUUAAAUCAAGUCUCUAAAGCUAGUCAAGUCAGUUGACUAGACAGAGUUACUGGUUUUGAGUUAUUGUAUGAAAUGUCUUCUCUCUCUUGUGACGCAGGAGAAAACAGUUUAUUUAAAAAGGGGAAUUCAUGAAGCACUUGGUUUGCAGAUGAUUGUGUAUGGAAGUGGUCUUUAAUGACUGUUUUGAACACAGAAAAACACUUUGAAAAUUAGCUCUUCUGUUUCUCUGCUACACUAUGCUUCAGUCACACGCUGCCAACUCUCCUUUGGAGCCAACAGGUUGAUUAUAGUACAGUUUACCACGUAUUUAAAAUUAUGUUUUGAUGACAGAUUAAGCCAUUGAAUCAGGGCAUGAAGCUUAUCGGUCCAUUGGAUCAUAUUUAUGUAAGUUAAUGUGUCACUCCUACCUUCAGAGAACUGAUUUCCAAUAACUGGGAUGCCACCAAAAUAACCACCCAUCUUCAUACGGUGGUGUGAAGCUACUGUUGAGUGUCGCUCUCUCAGGGCUCUGUCCUCAAGUAAUGAGACACUUUGCUAAUCUCUAUUUUUGUUAUUUUGCAGCUAUUUUAAAAAUGGCUUUUCUUUAGUGUCUGAUGCAAGGUUGUGUGAGGGUCAUAACGUGUAUAAACCUGUAUAAUGUGGCACCUUUGUCCCAUUCCACGGUCGAGGAUGGUCCCUAUCAAUCAGCCUUGUUCUUUCUUUCAUCCAAAGGAAGCAUUUACUCACUUAUUUUUAAAUAACUAUUGCUCUAACAACCGGUUGGAAGAUGUGAGAGGUGACUUAAGUGCAAAAAUCUUUGUAAAAUGAUAUUGGAGCAGAAAUGGCAAGUCUCAAGGUAACAUUGGCUUUUAAAACAUUCCCGUCUUUGCAGAUGCAGCAGAGGUGGUCACAGACUGAAUGAGUGUUGAGGCAUAUUCAUAAAAGAUAAACGGUUAACUAAUAAUCUUCACGUUCCCCUCAUAUUGUCUUCGUAACUAUCGUUCCAGGCUACGGUGUAAACCACAAAGAUGUUCAGCAGAACCCUAAUGCCUUUGCUUAUAGCAUUAAGAAGAAAUAAGAUAAUCAAGUAUGUUUCUUGAACUCUCUGGCGAGCCAGACAGGAGACUGCUCAGGGGAAUUUACCGCUGCUCUGUGAUCAAAACCUUUUACCUUCCAAAAAAAAAAAAAAAAAAGCAGCAGCUUUUCAGGACUUUAUUAAAACCUGCCUUAUCUACAGGUAGAUCAUACACUUUUGGAAAUUCAAGUUGCUAUAAUGUUUUUUGAACACGAACCUUGGGUCUUGAAAUCUCAAGGAAACUGUUGAAAUUGGAGUUUUAUGGUUUUUUCCACUUGAAGCAGCAUUAUAUACAUGUCUAAUGUAUCACAAGUGUUAAAACAAGAUGCACUUUUUAUUUUUGUGAAUUUCUUUAAUUUGUAUGUUUUUGUUAAUUUCUCUCAAGGGGCUCUGGAAUAAAGAUUGUAGGAGAGUUUUGGUGAUCUGUUAGGGGGGAAAACUACAAAUGGUUCAUUGUACAGCUAUGUUUGUCUUUGUCAAAUGGAAUAAAGUACAAUUUAGAUGAAAAGUAAUAAAGAA